AACAGACAACAGCGCCACCUGGCUGCUCAUAUGACCGCUGCAUGACGCUGGAAAUAAAAGCUCCAUCAUCCUCCCUGCGAUACGAGCAUCGUUUUUCGGCGGAGAUAGGGCAUCCUCCCAACCCCCGACACUCAUGACUACCAAGUAGGGUAGGCUCAUUAACGGACAAACAGAGGGAUAUAAGGACAGUAUUAUGUCGAAGCACCGUAAAGACAGAGACAGCUGGGGUGAGUGGUCCCUCAGUGACAAAAAUGUCUAUGACUGGAGCUCGGAGGAGGAGGAGCCGGACGGACGAGCCCGGCCCGUGCAGGUGCUGCUGGUCAAAGACGACCACACCUUCGAGCUGGACGAGGCGGCGCUGAGUCGCAUCCUGCUGGCGGAGGAGGUCAGAGACCGCGACGUGGUGGCCAUCUCUGUGGCUGGGGCUUUCCGCAAGGGCAAGUCCUUCCUCAUGGACUUCAUGCUGCGGUACAUGUACAACCAUGCGUCUGAGGACUGGCUCGGGAAAGCUGAAGAGCCUCUGACUGGCUUCUCCUGGAGGGGUGGCUCAGAAAGGGAGACCACCGGGAUACAGAUCUGGAGCGAGGUCUUCCUGGUGGACAAGCCAGAUGGAAAAAAGGUUGCUGUAUUGCUAAUGGACACACAGGGCACGUUUGACAGCCAGUCGACGCUGAGGGAUUCAGCCACUGUGUUCGCUCUCAGCACCAUGAUAAGCUCAAUGCAGGUUUACAACAUCUCACAGAAUGUACAAGAGGACGACCUUCAGCAUUUGCAGCUUUUCACUGAGUAUGGCAGACUAGCGAUGGAGGAGACGUUCCUCAAACCGUUCCAGUCCAUGAUUUUCCUUGUUCGAGACUGGAGUUUUCCAUACGAGUUUCCCUACGGACAAGAAGGAGGCAUGAAGUUCCUUGAGAAGAGACUGAAGAUCUCAGAGAACCAGCACGAAGAGCUGCAAAACGUCCGUAAACACAUCCACUCCUGCUUCACCAACAUCUCCUGUUUCCUGAUGCCUCACCCCGGCCUCAAAGUGGCCACUAACCCACACUUUGACGGAAGAAUUAAAGAGAUCGAUGGUGAGUUCAUAAACAACCUGAAGGUUCUGGUCCCGUGGCUCCUCAGUCCUCGUAACAUCGACGUGAAGGAGAUCAACGGCAGCAAAAUCACCUGCAGAGGCCUGGUGGAAUACUUCAAGGCCUACAUCAAAAUCUACCAAGGUGAAGAGCUGCCACAUCCAAAAUCUAUGCUGCAGGCCACAGCAGAGGCGAAUAACUUGGCAGCAGUCGCAGCUGCAAAGGAUCUGUACAACAAGAAAAUGGAGGAGGUCUGCGGUGGCGACCGGCCCUUCCUGGCCCCCAGCGAGCUGCAGGCCCGGCACAGCGUCAUCAGAGAGGAGGCCCUGCAGGUGUUCCGCGGCGUGAAGAAGAUGGGCGGCGAGGAGUUCAGCCGCCGCUACCUGCAGCAGCUGGAGGGAGAGAUCGACGAGGUCUUCGUCCAGUACAUCAAGCACAAUGACUCCAAGAACAUUUUCCACGCAGCCCGCACGCCGGCCACCCUGUUCGUGGUCAUCUUUGUCAUGUACGUGGCUGCGGGCAUCACAGGCUUUGUGGGCGUGGAUAUCAUUGCCAGCUUGUGCAACAUGAUCCUGGGUCUGGCACUGAUCACUCUCUGCACCUGGGCCUACAUCCGGUACUCCGGGGAAUACCGAGAACUCGGCGCCGUCAUCGACCAGGUGGCUGGUGCUCUGUGGGACCAGGGGAGCACGAAUGAGGCUCUCUACAAGCUGUACAAUGUAGCGGCCAAUCACAGGCACCUGUACCACCACGCCUUCCCUGGGCCUCAGGUGGACGAGGUCGCGGAGGAGCAGGACAAGAAGAGGGACUGAUUAGGAUAGAGACAGGACACAGCAGGGACUUCCUGGUGAUGGACGGGGGAGGGGGGAGGAGGAGGAGGAGGGGGAGGAAGGAACAUCCUUACCACAUCAGGCACUCUUUUAUUCUGGUAUUGGCGCUGCCCACCAAUACAUUCACUACUUUAAACCUAAUAAUGGACUGUAUUAUGUUCAUGUAUAGGCAGUUUCAGAGCACCACUUCAGUGCUUUCAAGCGAUGGAUGCCAUGAAUCAUUGUCUCUCACUUUUUUUGUCUGUGGAGAAAAAAAAAAGUAACACCUGUACAGAUAACUGUAGGCACUCUGCCAGAGGAGAGGACCUCGGCAUUAUCCAACCUCCAGUCAGCUGUGUUUAUCAGACGGGUUUUUUCCUCAUUAUUUGUCAUUUGACGACGAUGAUUUUCAAAGUAUAGCCUAAAUCUGUGAAAUCCCCAUUUGUGACAGUUGUUCUGUUCUUUGAAGUUUAGUGCUGUUUAUAAGAAACAAUAUCUAUGACCUGCGAUGUUUGAAAGCCAAAAUAUGUACUGUAUGUUAAAUAAUGAAGCGUUACAAGCAUCAUCAGCAUGGUAAAUGGUCAAUGUCUGUCAUCUUUAAGCUCUAAAACCAGGUAUACUUUAUAAAAAAAAUGAGUUUUAAUGGUUUAAUGGUUGUGACAAAGUGGUAUUGUGCCAUAACAUGUUAAAAAAAAUGAUUUCACAUCUAUCUCCUGCGGCCUGGCUACAUGUAGACACUUAACGGCACAUUUAUUAGUUGUAAACAGUGAGUUUUGUUUUGUUUUUGGAGGUUGGUGUUACUUUUGACAGAGUUCUGGAUCAGGGAGUAGCUUCGUGCUGGCAUGUACUUUGGAAUAACAGCACCGGGUGGAAAGACAGAAACACAGUAACAGCAGUUUAAAGUUUACACAACAUAUCUGACAUUAUCUCUCUUUAUAGUCCGCUUGCAGUUUUGUAAUUGCACAGCGUCGCCCAGUGAUCCUCGUAUACGAGCGUGUGUGUGUGUGUGUGUGUGUGUGUGUGUGUGUGUUUGGCCUUUGAGGUUGAAGGGGGAAAGAGUUGUGUUUAGUUUCCAUUGUGAUGUAGAGGUGGUGGGUGAAACCAUUGUUGUGUUUGUUUUUUUUUUCUCACUGAAUGUUCGAGCAAAUCCGAGGAAUGUAGCUAUUCUGCGGCCACCGAGGAAUCAAAGCUAGAUGUUAUUAGGCGGGGGCGACAGGCCCGCUUUGGAAACGGAUCCUCAUUCCACAUCUCUUUCAUCAUCUUCACACACUUAAGUUGAAUCAUCUGUGAAAAACUGCUGCAUGGUGAAAGAGGCCAGGCCCUCAGCCUUUUUUUUUUUUUGUUGCUGUUGUGUUUCCAAAUCAGCUUGCAUUGUAAACAAAAGGCUUGUAUCGGUGAACAGCACUAUAUGGUGUUUGAAUACUUUGGCUUCGUAGACUGUUACUGUACAUUUGUAUAAUCGUGGUUAUUGUUUUUAGCUCAUUGAAAAAUAACCCAGAAUCACAGCACUGUAACAUGUCUGCAUCUCAUACAGCUGCAGCAGCAUCGAAAUGUUUUCUCUCUCUCUCUCCUCCAUGUAGAUCUGGUCACCAACAGUACAGGAACGCUGUCAUGCAUAUUUAGCAAGUUUAUACUGAGGUUUGACCUCAAGGGUUGAAAAUUUAAAGGCACUGCAGCAGAGUGGCUUCUUGAGUCUUCCACAAUGUAUAAUCAACAUCAGUGAGGCCUUCACACAAAGAACCAUCUAAGUCCAGUUUAAGAUUCGUGAGGUUUUAAAAUCCCAUUUCUUCAUGAGUUUGUUGGAGUGUCGUGUCCAUUCAUACUGCAAGUCAGAAAAGUAGCAUUUGUUUACAUUGUGUUGCCUUUACACUCCAAGUUAAUUAUAAAUUAAAGAUUAUGUCUGUUAGAGAAGAGGAAAAAAAAAAGAAGAGGCAAACUUUUCUUGGAUUGAAGAAUUCAUUCCUAAAGCCGCCCUCAUCUACAUUAAAAUCAAACUCUGGAUAUCGUGGGAGCCUCAGUGUACUGAAAAGGUCAAAGGAAUAAACCGCUUGGUGAGCUCUUCUUCCAAGUCAACACUGCUUAGUUUCAGCACACGCACUGCAAAAUUUCAGUUACAAAGAAAUAAAUAAUAAAGUUGGACCAAAUUAAUGAAAA